GCCUCCCCCGAGCUUCUUCUCCAUGGUAUUUGCUAUAUACGAUCAGCCGCCCUCUUCCUUUUGCAAUGUACCAGUGAUCAUCUCAUCACGACAUUAUUACUGAUAUUCUAAGCAUAUAUCAUCAUCAUGGCUGGCAAGAUAGACGCGUACGUUGACUGCGUGUCGCCUUACUCUUACUAUGCGACGCUAUAUUUGAGGCGCAAUCGACAGGCGCUCCGGUCGCACGGAGUUGAGAUCGAAUUGCAUCCUGUUUUCCUGGGCGGCAUCAAUGUCGGCUCUGGCAAUAAGCCCCCAUGGACACUGCCAGCCAAGGCGACCUAUUCCAAGUACGACUCCGAACGGGCUUGCAAAUACUUUGGUGUUCCGCAAAUCAGGACGCCCGAUUUCUUCCCAAUCUUAUCAAUCAUGCCCCAACGAUGCAUGAUCUACAUCAAGCGCCACUACCCGCAAGAGCGCUAUGAAACUACAUUCCUAUCGCUGUGGGAAUGGAUGUACCACAAAAACAUCGACAUUAGCAAGCCCGAAAAACUAGCAGAGCUUCUCAAGUCUCAUGGCUAUUCCGACCAGGAAAUCAAAGAUAUCCUAGAAUCCGCCAAAAGUGCCGAGUACAAGGAAGCACUGACUGCCAACACGCAAAAGGCGCUGGGUCAAGGCGCAUAUGGAGCGCCGUGGUUCUGGGUGCGUAAUAAGGAAGGCAAGGAGGAGCCUUUCUUUGGAAGUGAUCGGUUCGCAUUCAUGUGGCAGUACUUGGGGAUUCCUUUCCAUGAUGUGACUAUCAUUGAGAAGGCGAAGUUGUAGGAUUAGCAUUUUGAUCUAUAGUAUGGUGUAGGAGGAAACAUUGUUGAUCGAAUGUUUCUUUUGGCAUCGAUGGAUCUUCUACUUAUAACACUGAGAAGUCUUGAGUAUCGCAACUAUUCCAAUCUCUCCCGAUGCUCAGGUUGGUUGCUAUCCUAAGCGCGCCCGUAGUAUGUCCAUAAAAUGUCGCACUCUUUGCAUAAUGUCC